AUGCCGACCACAGAGCCGGCCCGCCUGAUCAGUUCCAUCUGUCUGGAUGUGUUCACUGAUCCAGUCAGCACACCAUGUGGACACAACUACUGCAAAACCUGCAUCACUCAGCACUGGAAUGUUAAUCCCAGAUGUCAGUGCCCCAUGUGUAAAGAGACUUUUGACAUUAGACCUCAGCUGAGAGUCAACACCUUCAUCUCUGAGAUGGUCGCUCAGUUCAGAAAUGAAGCUCAGCAGAAAGGCAACAGCUCAGACCAAGAAGCUGCCAAACCAGGAGAAAUUCCUUCUGUCUGGAAGCUGCUGUUUCAGGAAGCCUUUAAGAUGUUUUCAUCACGGAAAACUCUGAAGACCAGCCUGCCGUGGUGUUUGCUCUGUCUGGCAUGUCUGUUAGGCCUAUAUCAACUUAGGAAGACAGAGGCUGGAAUUCAGCAGAUGAUCCAGGAGAGACGACUGAAGAUUGAGGAGAUCAAAGAGUCAGUGAAGAUGAGCAAAGAUGCUGCAGACAGAGAGAAAGCAGAAGGUGUUCAGGUCUUCACUGCUCUGAUGGAGUCUGCUGAGAGAGGCCUGAAGGAGCUCAUAGAGGAGAUCGAAGACAAACAGGAAACAGCAGAGAAACAGGCUGAAGGUUUCAUCAAAGAUCUGGAACAGGAAAUCUCUGAGCUGAUGAAGAGAAGCUCUGAGGUGGAGCAGCUCUCACACUCUGAAGACCACCUCCACCUCCUCCAAAGCUUCUCAUCCCUGAAAGCUGCUCCACCCACCAAGGACUGGACAAAGGUCAGCAUCCAUCCAUCAUAUGAGGGGACUGUGGUGAGAGCUGUGGCUCAGCUGGAGGAGAGACUCAGGAAAGAGAAGAAGAAGCUGCUUGCUGAGGCUGAGUUGAAGAGGGUCCAGCAGUAUGCAGUAGAUGUGACUCUUGAUCCUGAUACAGCAAAUCCUGCACUCAUCCUGUCUGAUGAUGGAAAACAAGUGAAUCACGGGGACGUUUGGAAUAAUCUUCCAGACAACCCAGAGAGAUUUACACAUUAUAUUGCUGUUUUAGGAACUCAGAGUUUCUCUUCAGGCAGGUUUUACUUUGAGGUUCAGGUUAAAGGAAGGACUGACUGGAUUUUAGGAGUGGCCACAGAGUCGAUCAGCAGGAAUGAAGAGAUAACAGGGAGUCCUGAGGAAGGUCUGUGGCUUUUGGGGGUGGGAGAUGGAAAUGAGUACACAGCUUAUGAUGAUCCUUCAGUCUCUCUCAGUCUUCAGUCUGCUCCUGAGAAGGUGGGGGUGUUUGUGGAUUAUGAGGAGGGUCUGGUCUCCUUUUAUGAUGUAGAUGCUGCAGCACUGAUCUACUCCUUUACUGGCUGCUCCUUCACUCAGAAACUCCACCCAUUCUUCAUUCCUGGUCUUAGUCAAAGCGGUAAAAUAUCUGCUCCUCUGAUCAUCAGUCCUGUCAGUCCCACUGUCUGAUGUGAAUUAUUAUGAAGCAUCACUAAUAUUUGCUGUAUUUUGAGUUUUACUCACAGUUUUAAAUCUUCCCAAUAUUACUUCAUGGAGCUCUUCCCCCUGUGAUCCUCAGUCAUGGAUCCAUCAUGACAAACGUGAGGAGAAACUGCUGAAACCAAUUUGCAUUUGCCCUGUGACAGGCUGGAGACCUGUACCCUGUACCCUGUACCCUGCCUCUCGCCCUAUGACAGAUGGGAUAGGCUCCAGCCCCCCCACACUCUGAAAAGGAUAAGUGGAAGAAAUUUGGUGGAUGGACCGAGUAUGUAAUUUGAUGAUGAGAUUUUACAAUAAAUGCAAAUAAUCAGAUUUAAUAACUGUAACAGCUAUCUGUAAGCAUUACUGUGAGGCAUGUGCAACAAACACGUGACAGUAUGUCAAAUGUUCAUAAUC